AUGGCCGCCCACGCCGGCGACGAGGCAGCAGACUGGUGCGUGCUGGCCGAGGCGGCGGUGGCGCUGCCGCCGACCAGCACACUACCGCGGUUGCGUGCAGAGCCCAAGCUCCCAUACAUUGUCGAUGCGCUGCGCAAGCUGCGGGCUGUGUAUGCGCCACCCCCUGCGUCCGUGGCGCCGGCCGUAGACGAGGACCUGCAGAACCGCCUCGAUGCAGCGCGCGCUGAGCCUACCGAGCGCGCCUACGUGCUCAACUGGCUCGGGCGUCUCGUCGAGUCGGAGCUCGCGUGGAUCGAUGAUACGCCCGAGCGCCGCGCGGCCGUGGAAGACGCCGCGCAGAUCCUCGCAGGAUGCACGUCGGCCCUCGAAGCGGGAGAUCUGCUCCGUGACUUUUGCUUUCCCACUCCGGACGCCGACGUCCCGCCGCCCUUCGAAGGCACGCCGGUACUGCAGGUGCACAUGCGCGUGCGCGACGCAUCGCUGCCCCCCUCCGACCAGCACAGUCGCCAGGGCGCCGCCGAGGCCGCCGCAGCCGUCGGCGUGCAGACGUACGCCAGCUCGAUUAUCAUGAGUGACCUAUUUGUGCGGCGCCCCGGUGCGUGGCAUACUGCACUUGAGCCGGGUGCGCCGCGCCGCGCGCACUUCCGGGCUAUGGAGCUAGGUGCAGGGACAGGGAUCGUCGGUAUGGUCGUUGCGCGUGCCCUUAGCGAGGGCGUGCUGCCGGUCGACCACGCCACCGUCGGCCUUACCGACUACCAUGCCGAUGUCUUGGCGAACCUGCAGUACAAUGUGAAGCACUACUUGGGCCUCGCGAGCGGUCGCGUCACGAUCGAGUGCGAGCCGCUCGACUGGCGCGCGAUGUACGACCUGGUGUGCCCUGAGCGUGCGAGUGGCGCGGCAGUGCCGUGCCGGCUCCCACCUGCGCAUUCGUACGACCUCCUGUUGGCCGCCGACCCGGUGUACGACCCGAUGCAUGCGACGUGGCUCAUGGGGGCGAUAUCGUACCUGCUCGUGCAGCCGGACGUGGAUCCCGAGGCUCGUGCACACAUUCUGCUGCCUGUGCGCACGGCCGGCCGUCUCGCAGGCCUGUAUAAGACGGUGGAUGAGGCCCUUGCGACGCAUGUCCCACAGAACGGCUUCCGCCUCGCGGUCGUGCACCGCGCGCAGUGGCCGCGCCGCCACGGCCUCGGACGGCAGGACGAGAGUGCCUACAUCUGGACGGCCCUCGCGUGGGAGGCGCUUGCAUAA